AUUCCUGUUAGAAAUACCAUGUAAAAUUCUUAAGAAAUUAGUCAUAGUGAAAAGUACACAGUUUCCAUUGAGAAAAAUGGGUAAGAUUAAGUUAUUUUAGACAAGCAGGUAUGCUCUGUCAAGUGAAAGUGCUGUCCUUAAUCGGUAAGGGAUGAAAUAUCAAAGGAAGAGAAACGACGCACAGAAAUGUACCUGCAAUUGUGCCUGUACUAUAUAAGUGGAAGGUACGAAAAUAUUCGUCAUUUGCCGAACUACGUUAAACGAACAAGAACGGUUGGAAAAGUUCGUGUAUUCCACCGAUCUACAAGAACGAACAUUCUCGUUAAAGUAAAGUGUAAAUUUACAUCAAAGGAACAAUGUUUCGUUUUUUAAUAAUAUCUACAUUGAUCGGCUUCGGAUUGGCGGGUUUGAUCGUAAAACGUAACACCGAUUUUCAAUCUACUGAGGAACCACAAGAACAAUUGCAACAAUCGACGCUCAAUCAGAAACAAAUCGAUAAUCAAUUGCAAACAUAUUCGUAUUCGCAAGGAACUCAAUUAUCACCGCUAUUAUUUCAAUACCCAAGCUAUCCUGAAUAUUUAAAGAAUGGAGAUCCUAUUCAAUCAAGAUUAGAAGGAUCCCAAUUUCCGAUAACAGCAUCACCUCAAGAAAAGCAUGAGUCUUCUGGAUUCGCAACAAGCUUGAUCCCUUUGGCUACAAGCAUUAUGAUAUAUGGAACUCAAUUUGGUGCCUACUUGGUAUAUUUCUUAAUUGCUCUUGCUGUGGGUGGUGUUAUUACUAUUCUAAUAUGCACUUUCACUCCCAUCUGUGCAAAUAGUAUUUUAGAUCUCUCACUGUACAAUUCUCAGAUGAAAGAACAAGUCGCGGAUCUGGCACGAGCCUACAUUACACCCGAAAGCUUAAAUGCAGCUACCGUGUACAUUUUGAGGGCUUACAACAAAUAUAACGCUAUGCAACAAGAGAAACGCGGUAAAACAAAGUAAUGAACGAAAUAUCAAUAAUGACGAUUAUCGUUAUCACUUAAAUUUGUUAUUGUUGUAGUUUUCAUAUUCGAACUUGAUCAAAGUUUCUAUAUUCGAUUUUUUUUAUUUAUGUUUCCUAUAAUGAAAAUGCAAUUGUAAUAAUUUUCAUCGUGAAUAAACUUGAACAAACAUCAUAUUCUUUUUUCGAAUUUCUUUUCCACUUUCUAAUCCUUAUUCCAUAAAUAUUCUAAUUUUUCCUUUUGGGUUAUACAUUCUUUUAUCAAGAUCAAUUUCAUGUAUCAUUGUGGUCAAUGACAUUGUAUAAAUAAUUA